UUAUCAAAUUGUAACAGUUUCUUUCUGAUUGUCAGUUUGUUUGUAUUAUCUUCCUCUUCUUCUCAUUUCUUUUUAUUUUAAUUUAAUUUGUUUCCAUCUCUCCGGCCAUGAAUAUGGAUGAAUCUAAUUCAGUUUGUGACAAUAAUUGUGAUCUGCAUAAAAAUGAAGGUGAAAAGAAAAGAUUAUUCAAAUUCUCAAAAAUUGUUGAUGAUUUCGUGACAAAGAGUAAAAUGUUGUCUGAAUGCUGUUCAACUUCAAAUCCUGAUACUCUGGACGGAAUUAAGAAACAAAAAGUGGUCACUGUUGACCUUAAAUUGAAAAAAAGUAAAGAGAUGAUCGAUACUAAAGAAUUAGUGUUAACUCUGGAAAAAGAGGCUGAGAAAAAAUUAGAUUCUCUGAAUUUGGAAUUUGAAUUAAAGCUUUUCCAAUCUAAGAAAAAAAAUAUUCUACUUCAAGAAGACAAUUUCAAACUUCGUAAGGACACAGCAGCGAUCAAAGAGCAAUAUGAGAAAAAGAUUCAUGAUCAGGAGAUGGAGACCCAAAAGAAAUUAAAAGAUCUCCGGAAAGAAUUGACUAAACCUCUCGCCAAAAUCGCUAAUCAACAAAGUCAAACUGAAGAAAAAGUUAUUCCAAUUAAAGAAUUAGAAAAGGUACAAAGUGUUUACGACAUGGAACUGAAGAAACUAAAAGCAACUUAUGAAAAAGAAUAUGAGGCAAAAUUAUUGGAACAACGAUCGUGCCUGGAAAAAGAAAAUGAAUCAAAAUUAAAUCAACUAAGAACAGAAUUAACUAAAUUGUUGGACAUUUCAAUGGACAAAAAAAUUCGAUCAGAAAACAAAACUAUUGUGGACGAUGAAGUGAUCUUUGUACGUCAAAGUUUCUCACAGAAAACACCAGAGACGAUGGAAACAGAAGAAAACAAAACCAGAACAAAAAGUUCUAAAAAUUCUGAUCCUGAUCAGUCAAUAAAUCGAUCGAACAGACGGACCAGAUCAACGGAGUCUAGAACAACGAAAAGAGCGCGGAUUGAAGUACCUGUUGAAUCAAAAGUACCAGAAGCUCCAAAAGUUUCGCCAAAUUGUAGUAGCGAAUCUCGUUCAAAAUCUUCGUCACCCUCUCAUUCUAAUGAACAGUUAUCAUCGAAAGCCAAUUCGCUCUCUGGAUAUGAUGUAGAAAGAUAUGUUUACACGGGAGCCGCUAAGCUCAAUAAAUGGGUGUCUGAAUACGAACAAUUUAAAAGUUCAUGUAGCCAUGAUGAAUUUUUGACCUUUGCUUCGAUCAUUAAUGUCUAUAAUUUGCUGUCCUCGAAUGUGAUUCCAGUUAAUCGAUCAACUCACCAAGAUUGGAGUGAAAGUAAAUUACAAUUAAAUUAUUCGGAGAAAAGCGCUAAAAAAUAUCGUGACUCAAGCUAUCAGAUUUUCUUUCAUAAUGAUGCAGCUCCUAAAAGUCAUUUAGAUUUCAAAAAUUUGGUGGAUGAAAAUUAUGACAAUGAGAAAUCAAGAUGUAAAUUAGCCAAUUGUCCGUGUGGAAAUCGAUUCGAAAAGGCCAAGACGAAACACAAUAUAUCUCGUCACAUAAGUGAGAACUUUUGUAUUUUUGUUUGUAACAAAUGUAGCUCUUCAUACCACAUCAUAGCCUCUCUUUUCGGACAUUACGAUAACUGUUGUAGUGAAAGAUGCAAAAAAAUGACCAAACUCAAAAGAUCGGGAGAGUUGAAGCCAUUUUUGAAGACAAAAGAAACUCCGACAACCUUUUUACCCGUCAUCACACCAGAUUCAUUCAAGAUCGGCGUUGAUAUGAUGGCUAAUCGAUUCAAUGGAAAUUCGAAGCGCAAAGGUCAAUUUUCUGAAAAGAUUCAGGGAAUUUGUGUCUUCAUUACGAAAGAAAUUGCUGAAUUCGAACCUGCUAAGCUCGUUUUAGACAUUCCAAACGAGACAGUUCCGAUUUAUUAUCUUACUGUGAAUAAACCGUUCAUCUAUUGGGACAUGGAUGCUAAGAGAUCGACAAGUUACUACGAAUAUAGCGAAGCCAUAAGAAAAGUGGAAAAGAGUGAAGAUCAAUUUGUCUGUGGUUUCGAACGAUGUGUCAAGUGUACAAACUCUGACGACCGAAGAAAAUCUAAAAAUUACCACACAAUUAGAGGCCACAUACAAUCGUAUAAUUUUCGACUUGGAUGCAUCAGUUGUAAAUGUACUUUCGCCUCUUUCGAUACAUUGGAUGCUCAUUACACAGAAAAGUGUAUCAAAUCAAUAUUAACGAAAGCAAUCGAGUUGAAAAGGAAAGAAAAUUCAGAGAAAAAUGCUAAAUAAAUUUCAUCUUUAUUGUCUAUUCAUCAUUUAAAUAUCAUAACAAUAUCGCCAAAAUAAUACUAAUCAAACAAUAAACAAUAACUAUCAAAGUUUAGACUCUAA